AUGUCCAGCGGGGGUUCCACCUCCGUCUGUCUGAGAGGCUCUGUCUAUCCUGCUCCAGUGAAGUCCAGCCUGUUCAAGAGUUCCUGUAUCCAGUCCAGCCUGUUCAAGAGUUCCCGUCUCCAGUCCAGCCUGUUCAAGAGUUCCCGUCUCCAGUUCAGCCUGUUCAAGAGUUUCCCUCUCCCCCAGUCCCAGAGUCUACAGUCCCCUCUUAGUCCAGAGUUCCCGCUGUCCCCUCAGUCUCCAGAGUCCCCUCUUAGUCCAGAGUUCCCGCUGUCCCCUCUUAACCCAGAGUCCCCUCGUCCAGAGUCCCCUCUUAGUCAUAGCCCAGAGUUCCCUGAGUCCCCUCAGUCUCCAGAAUCCCCUCGUAGUUGUAGUCCAGAGUUCCCUGAGUCCCCUCAGUCUUCAGAGUCCCCUUUUAGUCGUGGUCCAGAGUUCCCUCGUAGUUGUAGUCCAGAGUUCCCUCAGUCUCCAGAGUCCCCUCAUAGUCCAGUGUCCUCUCUUAGUCUUAGCCCAGCGUCCCCUCUCAGUCUUAGCCCAGAGUCCCCUCAGUGUCUUAGUCUUAGUCCAGAGCCCCCUCUUAGUCCUAGUCCUCCAGUGUCCUCUGUCCCCCGACUUUCACAGUCCCGGCUCCUGGUUCCCCGUCUCCGGCCCCCCAGACUCCCACAGUCCCGGUUCCUGGUUCCCCGUCGCCGGCCCCCCAGACUCCCGCAGUCCCGGCUCCUGAAUCCCCGUUGCCGGCCACCAAGACCCCCGCAGUCCCGGCUCCUGGUUCCCCGUCGCUGUUCCCCCAAACCCCCGCAUUGAAAACUUUGUGCCAGUAGAUCUUCCAGCCAUUCACCCUGCCUGAUCUGAGCCUCUGGACCUUGUUUUUCUCCCGACCCCUGCCUUGUACUCUGCCUGCCACCAUGACCUUCGCCUGUCCUCUACCACGUCUCCUGCCUGUUCCCUGUUUCUUCAAGUCCAAUCUGGUUUUGACCCUCGCCUCCUCUUCGACUCUGUCUCCAGCCUCACCCACCUCUGGUAACUCCACAAAAGUAAAAGACUUUUUUAAUAUACUUUAACUGUGGUUUGCGUCAUUACGGGUCUUCUGACUUCUGUUCGUGACAAGAAUAUCUUAUUUUUUUCCAGACGAUCAGGAAGCGAGCCAAGAAGGUGAGGACCGAGAAAGCAGUUACAUUCCCUUGCAGCAAUACGCGAAAGAGGAAAGUCAAGACUUUAUUCCAUGCAAAAUGUGUUCCAUCAAGGUAAAUAUAAUAGAACAAUUAGUCUAAACAGUAAUUAUAUUAUUUUGUUUAAA